AUGAUCGUUUUCAACUCGAUCCUUCUUGGCCUCGAUGUCAAGCGCAACAAGUCAGAGCUGGAAACACAGAUCCUGCGCGUCCUGGGCGAGGUCUGUAACGGUUUCUUCUUUAUUGAGCUUUGCCUCCGCCUGUGGUGCUAUAAAGCCAGUUUCGUGUACGGCGAGGAUUAUGGCUGGAACUUGUUCGAUUCAUUCCUGGUGGUGUCGUCGGUCCUGGAUGUCAUAUUGACCUACACCGCCGCGGAAAUCUCCCCGGCCCUCGCCGCAAGCAUGAAGAUGUUGAAGCUCUUUCGGAUCAUGCGCGUCUUCCGAGUCUUCCGAUUCUUCAGAGAGCUCGGGAACUGGGCGAUGAUGAUCAUCGAUUCCUUAAAGUCGCUUUUCGGGGCAUUGAUCCUCCUCGGUAUCAUUGUCUACGUGUUUGCCGUGAGCCUUUCCAUGAACACCGCAGAUUGGCUUCUCCAACAGGAAUCCGCUGGCAUGGUGGAUCGCAUGCUCUACGAGGAUGUAGAGACCUGGUUUGGCUCGCUGGGCUCUACGGUUUAUACAUUGAUGCUGUCGAUCCUUGGGGGGGUCAGCUGGCACAUCGUCUGCGACCUCCUCUUCAGAAUCGACAUCCUGUCAGCGUGCAUGCUCCUGUUUUACAUCAUGUUUACCAUCUUCUCUGUGCUGAACGUGAUCACAGGAGUCUUCGUGGACUCGGCCAUCCAGACGACGAACUCCCAGCGCGACAUUCAGAUCGAGCGCGAGCUCGAGCUGAAGGACUCCUUCCUGAAGUCCCUCAAGGACUUCUUCGAGGCUUUGGACACGGACGGCAACGGCGCAAUCCAUUUAGAUGAGAUCAAGAUCAUGCUGCAGGACCAGACACUCGCCGCCUACUUCGCAGUGCUGGGCUUUGACGAAGUCAAUGCGCACCAAAUCUUCCACCUGCUCGACGACGAUGAGUCCGGCGAGGUGAGCAUACAGGAAUUCCUUGACGGCUGCGCGAAGCUGAAGGGGCAAGCACGGAGCAUCGACGUCCAUGCGAUCAUGCACCAGUGCAGGGCACUCCACCGUGAUAUCAGCUUCGUCGGCUCCCAGUUGGGUGUGGACCUGCACCAGGCAGCCCACGCCAGCCGGCAAUCGCAUUGGUUUGGCCGCCAAACACAGACAUCCGCUCUGCAAGCAAACUCAAAGCGCUUGAGUACUGCCGCGUGA